UUUACAUUAAAUUAAGCAGGAAUUACGUGAUAUCUCAUUUUUUUCAAAAAUGGACUUACACCACUUUCAAAAUAAACGGUCCAUAUAGUAAUGCAAUUUAGCACGUGAUACAUUAAGCAAUAUAUAUAUGUAUAGUAAUCAAAUUACCACGUUGACACAUCUUGCACCACUACGAUAGGAGAGCGGGGGCAGUGAACGUAUUAAAAAUCAAAAUAUCAUCAUUAUAUCCUUUUAUCAUAAUUAAUUGUCUAUGCGAUGUUGCGACCGAGCGACAACAAAUUAUUCCAUUCCUGUCAUUAAGUUAAUCUUGAAGAUAUUCCUUAAAAUUAAUGAAAGGUAUACGCAUCAUUGUUUCGACCGUAAUAGGUAGUGUGCGUGUAGCUGGGAAGUGUUAGAGACAAUUCGAAAUGAAAGAAUGGGUAAUCUAUAUGAUUGAUAAGAUAACUUAUAAUUCGAAUGAUAUUAACUCAAUUCGAUAAUCCAAAGAUGUGCUCGUUAAGAUUCUUUUUAUGGGACUAAUUAUAUUUUAGUUUAAGGUACACGUGAAACGUAGUUCAGGUUCAUCCGCUGAAUAUUUAUUGAUCAACAAUCAAUUUAAUUGAAAGCUAUAAAAAGCAUGACUGUCAAUUAAUGACAGAAGACAUUAACGAAAAAAAUGUACAUCAUGAUGAGUGGCAAUGUAUGCGCGAGGAUAUUGUCAAAUUAUCAGCAGCUUUUUCAACACGUCCAUGACAUUCGUCAUGUAAAUGACAGAUAUUGAUCACAUUACCUUUUAUCAAAUAUUUUUAUGCAACGUUCCAUUACUUCGUACAAUCAUGAAUAAUCUCAGUGACGUGUGCUAUGUGUUUCAAUUAAUAGUACAUCAAAUCUUCGUGUAUCUACGAGAUUUCAUACUUAACGAAUUUUCACGAUUCACCGUCGAAUCCCAGGAUGUCGAAGGAUCGACAAAGUCACAAGGAUCGUUAUCGAGACACGCACUGGCGGAUUUCGUUGCGUUCUUUACGCUCUGCGGGUUUCUGGGAAUCUUUGUUCUGAUAUCAGCUAAGAGUUCCAAGGAUGACGAAGAAUUCGUAACAUCCACUAUAUCCACCACUUCCAGGAACAUGAAAAAACCUCAGGAAUUACCGAAAGACGCAUCGUACGUCAUACCACCGAAAUUGGCAUCUGCUUCCAGUUCCUAUUGCAGAGCGAGUGGCGACAUCUGCUUUCCCAAUGAUCCAUGUACCAGAAAUGGAUAUAAAUAUGACGUCUCAGUUAUAACGUGCCCUAGAAAUGCCAAUCUGACUAGAUCCCAGUUCGUUGCUGCCAUUAGAAAUCAAUCAAAGUUUACUCGUCAUUCACAAAGUACACAAACGGAUGAACGCACCUUUAAGCGUGUCGCAUGCGUUCAGGAUUGGAUGAUACGAAAGACACGAAGCGGCCAUGUUUAUGGAAAAUAUCCAAUCUAGUGGAUGUUCUUAAUGGGAAGCUCUCUGAGAAUUCGUAAAUCUCUUUGAUCACCUUUAUCUAAAUAAUAUUUGAUAGCAUCGUUUAGAUUUUGCUGCAGACAGGUGGCAUUGUAAUACGCCGGACACGCCCAAAGGAUUUUGAAAUACUUUAUAUCCAUUGAAUUCAAUCGCCUCUGACAACGCUUCACGUUAAUCCCACUCGAUGUUUGUGUCCUUUUUUUUUUAUUUUUAUCGAUGCUUUACAUUAUUUUAUUACUAUCCUUACUUACUUUUAUACUUUGUUUCAAGGGGUCCCUUUUAUACAGGUUUGUUUUAUAAUUUUAUGAAAUAAACUCAUGUCUGUUUUUAUUACUAAUAUAUGUUGUGGCAGUAAAAAAUAAUCAAUCGCCAGGGAUGAGAUUAGGCGACUUGUCGUUCAAAGAAACGUUUUAUCAAACCACUAUAAAACAGUUGUUUACAUUUUACAAAGCUUUGUCUUAAUGGUUUAUUAUACUUUAGAAUUUUGCAAUGUUCUCAUUGUCGUUAGGCUUUAUACAGACAUUUGAAUCAUCAACGUUUUUGAUUAAUCUGAUAAAUUGUUAUUUUGAAGGACAAUAAUGCUUGAAUUAUUUGAGCAGAGAACUUGAGAUAUCAUUGAUAACGAUAUUAUAAUCUUCAAUUCUUAAUCUUUCUUAUGGUAAGCUUAUCGAAAACGUCGACAGUCAUUUGAUGACUUUAUCUACUAAUUAUAUUUCACAACUUCAAUUUUAAUCGUUCAAACUUAUACUAAGAUUUAUGAGUAUCCUAGAAAUACAAUAACAGUUAAAAUUUAUAAUAUGUCAUUGACUGAUACGAUUAAACUGGCAGAAUAAUGUAAAGUCUCAUUACCGAUGAUAUGUGAAAGAUCGAUUAAUUAUAGAUUCCUUGUGACUUCAGAUGAUCGAUGAGAAAAUUACGACAUUUUCUUUGUUUAACUAUCUACAUCCGAUUUUCGAUAAAACCGGUACGUGACUGUUAAAAUUAAUCUUGAAUGAAAUUUUUAGGUUAUAAAAGUAUGAAGAAUGAA